AGUUGGAAUCGACGAUUUACAGCUGAGAAAUUCAGUCUGCCACAGCCCAACGACCACUAGGUGUACGUCAUCCUGUCAUCAUCAGCCUCGACACGAUGCCGAAUAUCAUCAAUGACAUUAAACUAGACUUCAAAGAUGUCUUAUUACGUCCCAAAAGAAGUACCCUAAAAAGUCGAUCUGACGUGGAUUUAUUCCGUGAAAUAACGUUUCGUAAUUCAAAACGAACGUACAAAGGAAUUCCAGUGAUGGCAUCGAAUAUGGACACUGUUGGGACCUUCGAAAUGGCCAGGGCAUUAUCCAAGCACGGACUUUUCACAACUGUACACAAAUACUAUUCGGCUGAGGAGUGGAAGGAAUUCGCUAAGGAAAAUCCAGAUUGUCUUGGAAAUGUUGCUGCCACCUCGGGAACUAGUGCUGGGGACUUUGAACGACUCCUAUCGGUGGUUAAUGCUGUUCCUGAAAUCAGUUUUAUCUGUCUCGAUGUCGCCAAUGGUUACUCACAACACUUCGUUGAAUUCGUAAGAAAAGUCAGGGGACAAUUUCCUGAUCACACAAUUAUUGCUGGAAAUGUCGUGACUGGAGAAAUGGUGGAGGAAUUGAUUCUCUCUGGUGCUGAUAUUAUCAAAGUUGGCAUUGGCCCUGGAUCGGUUUGUACCACGAGAAUGAAAACUGGGGUUGGAUAUCCACAAUUGUCAGCAGUUAUUGAAUGCGCUGAUGCUGCGCAUGGAUUAAAGGGCCACAUCAUUUCGGAUGGGGGAUGUUCGUGCCCUGGAGACCUUGCCAAAGCCUUCGGCGCUGGUGCAGAUUUCGUGAUGGCUGGAGGUAUUUUUGCUGGGCACGACGAGUGCAGUGGAGAAGUUAUCGAAAAAAAUGGAAAGAAAGUGAAAUUAUUCUACGGAAUGUCAUCGAGCACAGCCAUGGAGAAGCACGUCGGUGGAGUGGCUGAGUACAGAUCGUCAGAGGGAAAGACUGUGGAGGUGCCUUACAGGGGAGAAGUCGAAAAGACUGUUCUGGAUCUCCUCGGAGGAUUGAGAUCCGCCUGCACCUACGUCGGUGCAUCUAGAUUACGGGAAUUACCGAGACGUGCCACAUUCAUAAGAUGCACCCAACAAUUGAAUCCGAUGUACGGACCACCGUCGUAGGCAUUAGCUUAAUUAAAACUAGUAGGAAUUCCCUCGAUAUUUACCGAGGAAAUCAUUGACCUAUUUAUUUGUUUCAUUUUUUAAAAUCCAAUUGCUGAAGUGCCCAGAUUGUUAUUGCACUUGCUUUUGCAUUAUUUGGUGGGGAUUAUUAUCGCAGUUAAGCAUUUUGCCAGAAUUCAACUUUGACGUUAUUCAGGAUAAAUUAAUCAAUUAAACUAGAUGAAUUUGCUAAAAUUGUUGACUAAGUCGUUAACAAGUUUCAGGGAUUUAUUUUAAGUGCAAAUACGCACACGAAUUCGAGUGAAUCGAUUUUUUUUCUCGAUGAAAGAAUUCAUUCAGAAAUAAAGGGGUCAGGGGUAACAAGUAGAUUUCAGCAAGACGUCGGUUUUAGGAGAAUAUCUCAGCAGGAAACACAGAUAGGGAAAUUCAUCUCAUGACCUGUUUUGUAUCACUUAUUCUGCUCCAUAAAAAAGGACGUGAGAAAAAUUUCGCUAUCUCUUUUAGAAUUCGAGAUAUCCCCGAAAAACUCGGCUAGGGAAUGAAUUACCUCAUUCUUUUUUCCUCUUCGCAAAUAAAUUCAGUACUGUAUACUUAAUUACACGGGGGUAAUUAGGGGCACGAAGGGGAACGGUCUGCAGUGGUUUAAUUGAGCCAGAUAAUAAUUAUUAAAAAAUGUCAAUCGUGCUACAUCGAAGAUGUAAAAGGAGUGGGUCUUUAAAGUAAGGGAGGUUUAUUCAGCCCUUUAUAUGUUCUCGGGAAAUGAUGCGAUUUCGAUGAGUUUGGACUCAUCUUGAAGAGGAGAAAAAUACCUUUAAAAUGGAUGGAAACAAGUGGAAUUUUACUCAGCCAGUCCUGAGAUAUAAACCUUCGAAUGUUUUACUCCACUCUCCCUUUCAACAGAUUCCACUUUUAAUCUCAAACACUCAAUAUUGAUCGAUAGUUAAUUACGAAAAAAUGAUUUAUUGUGUUUGAUGUAUGCUCAUUAUAAUUCAGGAUAAAACAUAUACAUUUGCUAUGUAACAUGUCCAGAGUCGAGUGGUUUUGGUAUGUGUGAUUGUCUCCAAAGAGUUGAAAAUGUGAUAGUAGCAACAGUAUAAAACCUAUUGUUUUAUUAUUAUUAUUCUUGUCGGUGACGUUAAUAAAUUGUACUGAGUACUGUAA